AUGUAUUCCCAGCAUGAAGCCGAAGCUCUGGAGAAACGCAACUAUCACAGAAUCAGAGAAAUGAUACGCGUCACAUAUACAGUUGGCUAUAACAUAAUGAAGCCUACCUCGUGGGACUACGCUUUUAAGCUCUGGAGUUUGGUCCUCAUAGGCAGCACUCUGGCAUCGUACUAUGGCCACUGGCAGCUGAUUGUACACUACAUUCAGGACAUACCGCGCAUUUCAGAGAGCAUUAGCACGGUUUUCCAGUCCCUGAUGUCCGUUAUGAAAAUGGUGUACUUUCUGAUGGCGCCGCGUAAAUUCUACAUGCUGCUGCGUUGCGCCUGUCGGCACGAGCUGUUGCUAAACUGCGAGCUAUUCCAAGCUGUUGAUGAUUUGCCCAUUGCAAAACCGUUGCGUCAGCAUGUGGAUGGCAUCAUGAAUCAGUCUUGGAUCAGCACGCGACGCCAAUUGAUGUUCUACCUGUUCAGCUGCGUUGGCAUCCUGUUGAAUUACUUUUUCAAUUCGCUAGUCGUCAAUAUCUAUCACUCCUUAACGGAGCCCGACAAAAACUUUGAGGUGACGCUGCCUCUGCCUUCGAUGUAUCCCAAUUGGAUGGACAAGGGCAUGACCUUUCCAUACUAUUAUCUACCUCUGUUCUUUGAGAGCUGCAACCUCUAUAUUUGCGGCAUGGGUGCCGUUAGCUUCGAUGUGCUCUUCAUCGUGCUCUGCCUGCAUGGCGUGGGCCUCAUGAAGUCGCUCAGCCACAUGAUUGAGUGUUCCACCUCCCCGCUGGUGCCGAAGGAGCGUCGUUUGCAGUAUCUACGCUGCUGCAUCUAUCAAUAUCAGCGCGUGGCAGCCUUUUCUUUGGAGCUCAACAACAGCUUUAGGGAAAUUAUAAUUAUCCAGUUUCUGCUAAGCCUCUUCUGCUGGGGUCUGGUGCUCUUUCAAAUCAGCAUUGGCCUGGCCUCGAGUCUUACCACUGCGCUGCGCAUGUUUAUGUAUCUCGCGGCCGGUGGCUAUCAAAUCGUCAUCUACUGUUUUAAUGGACAGAGAUUCACAACAGCCAGCGAACGCAUUCCGAAGGCAUUCUAUGAGUGUACUUGGUAUGAGGAAUCCCGUGAAUUUCGACAACUCAUCAGAAUGAUGAUAAUGCGCACAAAUCUGAGCUUUAGCCUGGAUGUGUCCUGGUUUACCAAAAUGUCGCUGCCCACACUGAUGGCGAUGAUACGCGCCAGUGGGCAAUAUUAUGUGUUAUUGCAGAACAUAAUGCAAAAAAAAUAA